GCAGUACACACGUCAUCACUCCGCGUGUGUAAGAGUAAGUACAUGCAGCCGAGCCUCACGGGUGUUAAAAACAAUCCACUUUUCCUGAUUAAAAAAAGAGACUCUAAUGGCACCGACAGAUCAAAAAACGAAACAAAGUCGUUUUACACGGAAAGAUGGCAACUGGAAGAACAGAAAAAAUAACCCUCAAGGUGUUAAGAAGAAAUGGAUCCCCGACAAUAAAUUGUUCGAGGGCAGCAUUAAGGAAGGUCAGGGGUUUGCUUUCAAGAGAAAGCAAAAAGUCCAACAUGAGUACAACAAGCUGCUGCGGAAGGAACAGAGGAAGAACCUCGACUCUAAACCCCUCUACAAGGAGGAGUACCCAGAACACCUCAAACAUCUGUACAUGGCUGAGGCAGAGAAACUGAGAAAUGAGGCCUGGACGAAUAGAAUGAACAGGAGUAUACUGAGAAUGAAAGGACAGGAGAAAGACGACGAAAUCGACGACACGGCACACCAGAGUGAAGCUGCUGAUCCGGGCCCAGAGGCGACUGGUGGAUCUGAGGUCACGCAAUCUGUCGCUGGGAACUCGGGAGUAUCAGCAGCCCCCGAGAAAGAGAGUCUGCCAAUCAGCAACCGCAUGAGGAAAAAACUGCUGAAGAAGACAUCCUACCAGAAGACCAAAGAGGAAUUUGAAGCAGUCAGGGAUAAACGGAAAAAUAAGAGAGAGGAGUACCUGAAGAACAAGCAGCAGCGAGAAGAAGCCACCCAGAGGUACAAACAGAAGAAGGUGGAGACGUUCCAGAUGCUGAGCAAGAAGACAAAGAAAGGACAGCCCAACCUGAACCUCCAGAUGGAGUAUUUGCUUCAAAAGAUCCAAGGAGCAGGAAAAUGACUCUCCAACCAGAGCUGAGGCUGAACUGUUCACGGGGAAAGAAAGUACCCUGCCUCUAUUCGACUAGAGACUUUAAGGACUGUGUUUUUAACACUGACAACACUUUUAUCUGUGAUGCAAUGGGUUGAAUAAGUCGCUUUGCCUCUUUCCAUUCACUGUAUUUUUGUACCUAAUGCUGGUGUGUGUUUUCAUCUUCCACCACAAGAGGGCAGUGUAAGAAAAGGGUGGCAAAUCUUUGAAUCAAUAAAUCUUAAAAGUUC